AUGUCUGAUGUCUCUUCUUCAACCUCUGCUGCGUCUCGCCCGCACCGCAGCCUAUUGGGGAAAGUCGUCCUUGUCACAGGAGCAGGCAGUGCGGAUGACGACAUUGGAAACGGCCGUGCCAUCGCCAUCCUAUGCGCUGAAGAUGGUGCAUCUGUUGUAUGCGUGGAUCGAGAGUUAUCCGCCGCAGAGAGGACCGUGGCAAUGAUCACCAGCGAAGGCAAGGGAGCCGCAAUGGCAGUUGACGGAGAUGUUAGCUGCGAAGGUGACUGUCGGCGGAUUGUCGAAACAACAAUUACGCACUUCGGUCGCUUAGAUAUUCUAGUCAACAAUGUUGGUAUCAUGGGAGCUCCCGGUCAGGCGCCGGAUGUAGAUGUGGCCGCAUGGACGCGCAGUCUCGAGAUCAAUGUUACCAGUAUGAUGCUUAUGGUCCGAUUUGCUAUUCCUGCCAUGCGCAGAAACGAGCCAGGAGACGGAAAUAUUAGGGGAAGCAUCGUGAACAUGGGCUCCGUUGCCGGAUUGCAGGGAGGAACACCUAGUUUGUUGUAUCCAACAAGCAAAGGAGCUGUAGUCAACAUGACACGAGCCAUGGCCGCUCAGCAUGGCCGAGAAGGAAUUAGGGUUAAUUGUGUUUGUCCCGGGAUGCUUUACACGCCCAUGAUGUAUCGGGCCGGCGGAGGAAUGCCUUCGGACAUGAGGGAGGCUCGGCGCAAGCGCAGUCUGCUUCGGACAGAGGGAAAUGCUUGGGAUUGUGCCAGCGCAGUGAGGUUUCUCGCUGGAAAUGAGGCACGGUGGAUCACAGGUGCGAUUCUGACAGUGGAUGCAGGGGCAACCUGUGCACAGCUGGUCGCCGACCAUUAG